AUGGAGGAUGUGGAAGUUCACAAUGUGAUGGACGUAUUGCUAGCAAUCGCGCAAGAGGCAAAGGGCACGGAUACCAACAAAGCCAUGACUAAAACCAGCAGGAAAAUACCAAUUUUCAUGGAAGAGGAAAUAGUAAAGGCAGAUCGAUGCGUGGACGGGGAAUCACUCACUUUGAUACCCGAAUCUGAAGAAGAAGCAUUGGAAGCUGAACUCGAAGAAGAAGCACUGGAAGCUGAGCUUGAAGAAGAAGAAUCAGUGGAGGCUGAGCUUGAAGAAGAAGAAUCAGUGGAGGUUGAGCUUGAAGAAGAAACAAUGGAAGCUGAUGCUCAACAAGAGAAAGCAGUAGGUGCAGCAGUAAUCUCAGAUCAGAAAGCUGAGACUCGAAGCAAUAAUUCCAAACUCCCUGUACCACAGGCUCAGAGCCUUGAACACUCUGAUUUACAUCCCAAGGGAUGGGAAGCAAUCCCAAAACCAAAAGGUCAUUCGGGCCUGGACUACUCACGGUGGGACCGGGUUGAAGAUGAUUCAAGUGAAGAGGAAGACGAAGAGGAAGAUGUGCAACCUUAGCAUCGGUUCCGUGUCAGGACUGUUGGGGUGCGGCCUAUGAAAUGAGGGCCCCAGUUGGUGGUAAAUUAAAAUUUAACUGGAAAAUAUAA